UUCUUUGUUUUUGGAUUGUGUUGAAAUGGGGUCACCUUCAAGUAGAUUCAUCCAUGGUUAUCGGUUCUUUAGAUUGGGGUUAGAUCUCGACACCUUGCGAUCUUUGAAAUUAGUGCGAUCUGACAUAGAAAGUUGGUCAAGUUGUCUUGAUAAAUCAAAGCACUUAAGAUACCUUGAAAUCGAAAAAAGCAGAAUUGAAGCAUUACCAGAAUCUUUAUCGAAGCUCUACAUGUUGCAGACUUUAAAAGUUAUGCAAUGCUGUGGUCUUAAAAAGCUUCCUGAUGAUACAAACAAAUUAGAUAGGUUGAGGCAUCUUUAUCUUGAUAAACUGAGCCUUAUGCCGAGGGGGAUUGGACACUUAACUUCCCUUGAAACUUUACCAACAUUUUUUGUGGGAAGAGAGGAGGGAUUCACAAUUGAAGAACUUGGAUGCUUAAGCCAACUUAGAGGGAAACUGGUGAUUCAGAAUCUUAAUUUUGUAACUUCUAAAUCAGAAGCCAUUAGAGCCAGACUAAAUGAAAAGACAGAGUUACACGAGUUGGUAUUUGUGUGGAACCAACUGAUGGGAUUGAUCCAGCAUAAGGAGGUACUAGAGGGUCUUCAACCUCACUCAAAUUUGAAAAGUUUAAGUAUUAUAAAUUACAAUGGAUCCAGCUACCCGUCUUGGAUAGAUGGACUCUCAUCUCUUCAGCAGUUGAAAAUUAAAUUGUGCCAUCAGUUAAUUUCUAUUCCAGAAGAUUUCAGGAAAUUGCAUUCUCUCAGUGUUCUUCAUAUCACUUAUUGUCAUAAACUAAGGACCAUUCCAGAAGAAUGGCUGGCUAGCCUCACCUGCUUGAAGGAGUUAAGGAUGGGUCCUUUCUGGCCAGAGUUGUUUGAAUUUCCAGGACUUGCUAAGAUCCAUCACCUCCAUGCAUCCCUUGAAUAUUUGGUAUUGAAUGGAUGGGCUAAACUUGAGGAUCUGCCACAUCAGCUUCAACAUCUCACAACCCUCAAGAAAUUACAUAUAACCAGGUUCAGAGUGAAAGCUUUUCCAAAGUGGUUCGGAGAUCUCAGCAUAAAAGAGUUAAGGAUAGGUCCUCUCCACGAGGGGUUGACGGAAUUCCCAGAACUCACUUUCAUUCAUUACCUUCCCUCCCUCGAAAGAUUGGAAUUGUGUGGAUGGAAUAAAUUAGAGUCUCUACCACAUCAGCUUCAACAUCUCACUGCCCUCAAGGAAUUGCUGAUAGGGUGUUUCGCACGAGUGAAAGCUCUACCAGAGUGGUUGGGCAACCUCUCUUCUCUUCGGGAGCUGAAUAUUAGCUACUGUUCUGAAUUGCUUUUACCUUCCGUUGAAGCCAUGCGACGCCUCUCCAACCUACAAUCUCUUAUUGUUGAAGGCUGUGGGCUGUCUGGGCCAGAGUGCGAAAAGAUUUCGCACAUUCCUAAUAUCAAAAUAGAUGGGCAGGCUGUCCAAUUUCAACAACAUUACAGUUCAAUUUAUUCAGGCACGAGUGAGGUUAAAAUAUAAUUCUUUGGUAAUGAAAGACCUCGUUGGAAGAUGUCUGACCCGACCGGAGCUAACACAUAAGAGACCCUAUUGAAAUCAAAAUACAAGUGCGCACAGGGCCAGCAAACUUGCAUUGAUGCACUUGUGAUUCAUCCAUGCUUGAAAUAUCUCCCAAGGUUCCGUGCCAAAUGUCUGACGCACAAACUGAACCCUUAUUUCUUCAGUGGGAUCUCUAUCUUGCGGGAAGGCUUGGAGGAUUUUAAGAGGGAUCAAAUUAUGUCUGCACUAUUUUAUUCUGCUGAAUGCUUCGUGAUGGAUCUGGAAGCCUUACAACUCCUGGAACUGCAACAUAUGAAGAACAUGUUUUCCGCUAAAUGGCUGUCAUAAAAAUGGUUACAUGUCGGGACCUUUUUUCAUUGUUCUGAAGUACAUGCACUUUGCUGAGGUUGAAGAGCACAUAGUGAACCAGAAUAGAGAAUUUAACAUUUCUCAAAAUGGGGAACUAUUUUGUACAGCACCAUUGUUCCAGAGUACUCAUGCAUAUACGGGUACCAUAUACAUGAGUUCUAUAGCUGAUGAGUGGAGAAAACAUUAACUUUUACCUGCAAAGAACCAACAGAUCAGCCCUUCCAUUUAUUCUCAAUGCUCUUGCUGCUCUAAGGUAAAAGAUUUCUUACAAGUGCCAAAAAACCACUAAAUGGUGUUGGGUGAUGCAAUAAUAUACUGAAAGUAAACACAUGGAGUGAAGAGAAAUUGGGAACAAGAUCCCUGUGCGCCUAAAGAUUGCUCCUCAAUCGCAUGGUCUUGAUAGCAUCCAUGUAGGUUAUGAUCCUCUUAGCUAGGAUGAUUAUCAAGGGCGCAAAGUUUUUCCUGAGUGCUAAUUACAUUGAAUAUGAAGGACUUAUCCACAAGGCUCAAGCAGAUUGACAGGGUAGAUAUGUUCUCUUAUAUCUCAUCUUACAAGGUCAAGUUUAAAUGUAUCUCAAGAAAACAAACUGAGAAGAUUUGAUAAUUGAAACCAAUUGAAAAGGCCAACUAUCAUAAUCUAUUAAUAAAUGACAUUGAGUAGACUAAGUUGUUUGUUUCAGGGAUCAUCAAGCAUUGGCUUAAUUGGAGAGGUUACAAUUUAUAUUCUAUCGCAGCUUCUCUUGUUGAAGGUAUUUGAAGUUUAAAGAAGGUGUUAUGAUGACCAAUGAUGAAGCAGAAAUUGUGUUAAUUGACAUUUUAUUAAACGUCCAUCAAAGCUGCUCUCAUUUUUUUCUGGUGGGGCCUUGUGGGAUAUGCAACUAAACAAGAAAAAAAAUACUGCCAAAGAAGAGGUGUAUAAUGACUAUGGCUACGAGGCACAAAUUACAAAAACUGUGUUGAUUGCAUUUAAUUUAGUUUGCUUUGGUUCAUUUGCGAGGAACAAACUGAACCCUAUCUUCUUCAGUGCCUCCGCUUGUUUUCUUGGAAAGCUAUGGCAGAAAUACAGAGAGGUUCAGGAAGUGUCUUCAAGCAGUAGCAGAUAAUCUAAUAUGUUUGCUUGUCUGAAUAAGUUUGAUCUGGGGCUUCUUCGGACAUUGAUCUUGGGUCUAAGUGGUUGAGAUUGCUUUUGGAGCUCAGAACAAAAGCUCUGUUUUUGUGAUUUUUUUCCCAUUUGUUAUCCAUUUUCUUGUUGCUUUGUAGUUAGUUACUUGUUUCGUCUUGCUUUGUGCUGUAGUUGUGGUUGUAUUCGUAUCACAUUCUUGAUAUAGUGGAUAUAUUUUUAUGGACCAGAG